CCAGGUAAUGCUCUGAUUAUGACGUUGAAAAUAGUUCACUCCCAGUUUACUCCGAAAUAAAUGUUGACCAAUUUAUUAAUAGUUAUAAGCUGUUCCAAGAUGGUAUUUGUCUCAACCAACAAUGGUCACACUGCCACCCACAUCUACGACUCGUCGAUAGAAAAAAGAAAACAAUAACAUUUCCGGCGUUUUAUCCGCGUUAUCUGGCUAAAAUGAGGAUUCAAAGACAAUGCAUCGUGGUUAACAUGCGAUCAGCCAUCGUCCUAAUUAUGAUCUUCGUGCUGACGGGCAUCAGAAACAGCGAGACAGCCAGCGGGGGUAACCAAAUGGAUUUGUCGGACACAAAAGGCGAUCACAAGGACAACAGCAAUGCGAGCAAUGGCAAUGGAAACGCUAACGAAAACGAGGUUUAUGUGCCUCCUUUGGUCUCCAGCACAGUGGCCAAAAAUGGUGGCUCAGGUGGUGGAGGAGGAACAAGCGGCCUCUUGGACAACAUCACCGCCUACAGCAGCAGUAGCAGCAAUGGCAACAACAACAAUAUGCUCUGUCCCUAUGAUAAGGACACGCCCUGCGAUCGCCUGCAGUUCCCCUGCAUACGGUGUAACUAUAACUACGGGUGUUUGUAUGGCCGAGACAUAAAUGUGACCUGCGAGAUUAUCGGCAACGUUCAGUGCCAAGGUGAACGGAGUUUCCAGCGACAAAUGAGCUGUCGCUAUUGCUACCAAACGGAAAUGUGGCAACAAAGCUGCGGUCAGCGAUCCAGUUGCAACUCGGCAACGGAUAAACUAUUCCGCACCAACUGUACCGUACACCACGAUGUGCUCUGCCUGGGCAAUCGAUCCUUCACCCGCAACCUGCGCUGCAAUUGGACCCAGGGCUAUCGCUGGAGCACCGCCCUGCUUAUUAGCCUCACGUUAGGCGGUUUCGGAGCCGAUCGUUUCUACUUGGGCCACUGGCAGGAGGGAAUCGGAAAGCUCUUCAGUUUUGGCGGUCUCGGCGUCUGGACCAUCAUAGAUGUUCUGCUCAUCUCAAUGCAUUAUCUGGGGCCGGCGGACGGCUCGCUUUACAUCUAGUUUAAUACAAAAGGGGUUGGGGUUUGCAAUUUAAAAAGACUUUAGGCCAAAAAAAUAUUUUGUAAGAUAAAAGUUUCCAUUGCCGUGUAAAUAUUUAUAUUCGCUUAUAUUUAAUCGUUUGAUACUCUAAAAACAAAAGAUUUUUUUCCAUUGGCGGGAAAGCAUGGCAUGUAAAUAAAUAUGUAUUUAGAUAAUGAAUCCUAUUAACUGUACUAUAUUAAUCAGAUGGAAUGGCGCAUUCUGUUGUUAGCAAUUUAAAUAGCUUUUUUAAUGUCUUUGAUCACAUAAAUAAAAUAAAUCAAAUUAAAAAAUGUUAAAAAA